UUUGAGUAGGACUAGGGUUUCUCUACUCGUUCGUUCUCGAGUCAGCGGCGGAUCGUGAGACAGCCGGCGAAGAUGAAGACCAUCCUGUCCUCGCAGACGAUGGAUAUCCCUGAGGGCGUCACUGUGAAGGUGAACGCUAAGAUCGUGGAGGUGGAGGGCCCGCGUGGCAAGCUCACCCGCGACUUCAAGCAUCUCAAUCUCGACUUCGAGCUCAUUGAGGGCGGGAAGAAGCUGAAGGUGGACGCUUGGUUCGGAUCUCGGAAGACUACGGCCGCCAUCCGCACCUCCUUAAGCCACAUCGAUAACCUGAUCACGGGGGUCACAAAGGGGUACCGCUACAAAAUGCGGUUGGUCUAUGCCCACUUUCCCAUCAACGCCUCCAUCACUCCCAACAACAGCUGCAUUGAGAUCAGGAACUUCCUUUGGGAGAAAAAGGUCCCACACCGAGGCCGACAAGACGUUCGGCUUCCUAAUGCGCGAUGGCUACACCUUCUUCGCCAUCGACGACGACGCCGGCGCCGACAACGCCGAGAUGCUCGCCUUCCUCGAGCGCCUACGCGAGGCCUACGAGAACGCUCACAGGAAGGGAAAGAUCGAGGGAGAGGUGCUCAACUGGGUCCUCCGGGUCGGAUCCGGCGGGAAACCCAGGAACGGGUCUAA